CGCGCCGGAAGUAUGGUUCCGGAAAGGGUGUGAGGGUUUGCAAAGAUGGCGGCGCCGGGGGUGCUCGAGGCGGACCUGCCGAGUGCCGUGACGCUGCUGAAGACCCUCCAAGAGCAGGUGAUGGCUGUAACCGCGCAGGUGCAAGCACUGACGAAGAAAGUUCGAGCUGGAACCUAUCCUACAGAGAAGGGCCUCAGCUUCUUGGAGGUGAAAGACCAGCUCCUGCUCAUGUACCUUAUGGAUCUGAGCCACCUCAUCCUGGACAAAGCCUCGGGAGCGUCUCUUCAGGGACACGCUGCGGUUUUGAGACUGGUGGAGAUUCGCACGGUUUUGGAAAAGCUUCGUCCUCUGGACCAGAAACUGAAAUAUCAGAUUGACAAACUGGUUAAAACAGCGGUGACUGGGAGCCUCAAUGAGAAUGACCCACUUUGUUUUAAGCCUCAGCCCAACAGUAUGGUGAGCAAGUUGAGCUCCGAGGAUGAAGAGGAAGAUGGAGCAGAGGAUGGCCAGUCAUCGGGGAAGAAGUCUGUGAAAGGAGCAUCCAAGAAAUACGUUCCGCCACGCUUGGUUCCGGUGCACUAUGACGAGACAGAGGCCGAGCGGGAGAAAAAGCGGCUGGAACGGGCCAAGAGGCGGGCGCUGAGCAGCUCCGUCAUCAGGGAACUGAAGGAGCAGUACUCGGAUGCCCCGGAGGAGAUCCGCGACGCUCGCCAUCCGCACGUGACUCGCCAGAGUCAGGAGGACCAGCACAGGAUUAACUACGAGGAGAGCAUGAUGGUGCGCCUCAGCGUCAGUAAGCGCGAGAAGGGACGCCGAAAGCGAGCGAACAUCAUGAGCUCCCAGCUUCAUUCCCUCACGCACUUCAGUGACAUCAGCGCGCUCACGGGAGGAGCCGCUCUCGAUGAGGAUCCGAAUCCUGUUAAGAAGCAGAAGAGGAUGCCCAAGAAGGGGCGGAAGAAGAAAGGGUUUCGGAGGCGGCGGUGAUUGUGAAUGUAUAUACUUAGGUGGUAUUGUCAUCCUGCAAUACUUCUGGUUUCAACUCUGUGGAGCUGUUUGUUUCCUCCCCUCCUUGGAAUUCAUUCAUUGUUUGCUUUGGCCAUGUGAGAAGUUCUUUCCUAAUAAAAUUGUUUUUUCUUAUGAA